GAAGAUGACCAGACUUGCUUAAACUAUCCGUUGCUAACCUUUUGACCUUCUCAGUGUCAUUCAACGUGUCACUACAAUAACCCAGUAGCUGCGUCCCUAAUUACACCGUCUUUUUUUAUGAUAGGAAGAUUUAACCUGGAUAAAUGGAGGGCAUUAUUUUUUUUUAAAUUAUUAUUAUCGUUGUUAUUUAGUUGCUACAGCGUCUAUACAUGGAUUUACAAACAUGAAUGUGUUUCAUGUGCCGAGAUGAAGAGUAUAAACACCUCAUCUUCAUCAUAGUCCUGAAAGCUCUUUGUCUCUGGUGACGGUUUCUCUGUGUCGCAGCGGUGGAUUGUGGGAGUCCAAAGGUGGUCGACAUGGCUGACGUGGUGUUUGGUAACCAUGACAACAGCACCCUGUUUGGAUCAAAUUUCACUUACAUCUGCAGAGAGGGCACGUUUGACCCUAGCAACCGCAACACUUCUUACACCUGUGGACAGAAUGGAGAAUGGACCAAUUCAGAAGCCGGAAUAAAACUGCCAAAUUGUCUUCUAGCCUGUGGACAUCCGUCACGCACUCUCCCGGCUCAGGUGAAGCGUAUCGUGGGUGGGCGGAGUGCAGAGCCAGGCCUCUUCCCCUGGCACGUACUGCUCAGUGUGGAGGACCAAUCCCGGGUUCCAGAAGACCGCUGGUUCGGAUCUGGGGUGCUGCUGUCUGAGUCUUGGGUCCUCACCGCCGCCCAUGUCCUCAGGUCCCAGAGGAGGGAUGCCAGUGUUGUCCCCGUGGCACCUGAGCAUGUGAAGGUCUACUUCGGUCUCCACGACACCCGAGACAAACAUCAGGCCGUGAGUCGCUCAGUGGACGAGGUCAUCCUUCAUCCAGACUUCCAACCCAACAACUACAACAACGACAUCGCCCUCCUGAGGCUCAGCGAGAGGGUGGAGUUUAACAACGUCACCCGCCCCGUGUGUCUGCCGUCCCCUGACAACAAGCCUGACCACUCCUCACCCCCUCCUAACUCCCUGGGAGUUGUUGCUGGUUGGGGAAUCUCCAACCUCAAUGCCUCCUCAUCCUUGCUGACCUCUAACCCCACUCUGAUGGCUGACCCUGGAGUGACCUCUGACCUCCUGCAGUAUGUGAAACUGCCGGUGGUUUCCCAGGACGAGUGUCGUGCCAGCUACGCCUCGCGCUCCAUCACCUACAACAUCACAGACAACAUGUUCUGCGCUGGGUUCUUUGAGGGGGGGCGAGACACCUGCCUGGGUGACAGCGGGGGGGCGUUUGUCAUGGAGAACCAGGUCAUCCGGAGGUGGGUGGUGUUUGGGCUUGUGUCCUGGGGCGGCCCAGAGGAGUGUGGGAGUCAGCGAGUGUAUGGCGUCUACACUCAAGUGGCUAAAUAUGUGGAGUGGAUACAGGAACAUGUUUAGACUGCCCCCUGGUGGUGAGACAGAUAUGAGGACACAUACAUGUCCUCACCUAAUUUCUCUCUGACAUUCUGCUUUUUGUAAACGGCCUUAACUAAACUAGUGUGAACUAGAAGAUCAGGAGAAAUGAGGAUGUAUUAAGAGAUACAAUGACAUGUGACUAGGUAUGAUUAGAUGCCGACGAUCAUCUUGUCUCCUAACAAUAAAUACAGCGGAUGACUGUGGCAGCCUGCAGGGGGCGUAAACAUCAAAACAUUGCAUAAAAACUUUUUUUGUACGUACGUUUUCUUUAUUAUCUAUUAAUCAACACUCCACUGUAUUUUUAAAAGACUUGUAUUGUCUCGUGUUACAUUUAUGGGCUGUUGGGUUUAUUUUACACUCCUUUAUUCAUCAAAAUAAACACGUUUGCAAAACAGAGUUAUUCAUUGAAAUGAU